CCCGCAGCCACCGGGGUCUCGGCGUCUGAGGGUAGAAGAUGGCGUCGCGGAGAGUCCGAGCGGGGCUGCGCCAGCUCAGGCCGCCGCCGCCGCCGCCGCUGCUGCUGCUGCUGCUCCUCCUCGGGCCCUGGUCGGCUGCGGGCCAUGGCGGCAAGUACUCGCGGGAAAAGAAUGAGCCCCAGCCGCUGUCGAAGCGCGAGCCCGGGGGGGAGUUCCGCAUGGAGAAGCUGAGCCAGCUGUGGGAGAAGGCCCAGCGGCUGGGCCUUACUCCUGUGAAACUGUCUGAGCUACAUGCUGACCUGAAGAUACAAGAGCGGGACGAAUUCAAGUGGAAGAAGCUGAAGGCUGAGGGCUUGGAUGAAGAUGGGGAGAAGGAGGCAAAGCUUAUCCGCAGUCUCAACGUCAUCCUGGCCAAGUACGGUCUGGACGGGAGGAAGGAUGCCCGGGCUGUGAGCAGCAACUUCCUCAGCCACGACGCCCAGGACGACAGCCUGGAGGACCCUCGGCUGGAGAAGCUGUGGCACAAGCUCCUGUCCAGGACGUGCUGUCUGGACCACACUGAGUGGGGGCAAGAACUGGGGUUCUCCCUCCCCUGGACGUGGACGGUGAGCAUGGCCGACCGGGGUGUUCACCCGAGGCCACUGUGCUUUCAGGCGAAGACCUCUGGGAAGUUCUCCAGCGAAAAUCUGGACAGGCUGUGGCGGGAGUUCCAGCAUUACCAGGACAAAGUCCAUGAGUACAACGUCCUGCUGGAGACCCUGAGCGGGACAGAAGAAGUUCACGAAAACGUCGUCAGUCCUGCCGACAUGACCCGCGUCAAGGAGGAGGUGCUGCAGAGCAGACACGCCGAGCUGAAGGACAAGCUGCGGGACGUGAGCCAGGGCUUCGAGCGCCUGCGGAAAGUCAGCCACCAGGGCUACGGCGCCCAGGCCGAGUUCGAGGAGCCACGGGUGAUGGACCUCUGGGACCUGGCCAGGGCGGCCAACUUCUCUGAGAAGGAGCUGGAGUCCUUCCGGGAAGAACUUAAGCACUUUGAAGCCAAGAUUGAAAAGCACAACCACUAUCAGAAGCAGCUGGAAAUUUCCCAUCAGAAGCUGAAGCACGUGGAGAGCUUCGGUGACCCGGAGCACAUCAGCCAGAACAAGGAGAGGUACGCCCUGCUGGAGGAGAAGACCAAGCAGCUGGGCUACAAGGUGAAGAAGCACCUGCAGGACCUGUCCAGCCGGGUCUCCAGAGCGCGCCACAACGAGCUCUGAGCCCCGGGAGCCUGGCCGCAGGACUCCUGAAGACAGCCAGCAGGGGACGGGGCCACAAGGGUCCCGAGCGAGAAGAGGAGCUGCGUGACCCCCCACCUCCCCCUGGCCGGCACGGCCCCGCCCACAACACCGCUGGCAGUCACCUCUGUCAGGAACGCCGAUUUCCAGCUGCCCAUGCUGCAGGGUCACAGUUUGCAUCAAAAUCUUAUCAGUCUGCUGCUGGAAAUACUGUGUACAGAAGUCCUCAGAAAUACACUGCAGUGUUUAAGCCCCGA